GAAUAGUUCUUUUUAUAAUGUAGCAAACUUAAAUAUGAACAUCUUUGCCACUUUGAAAUUCGUGUGGAACAUACACAACGACGUAAUAGUGAUGCGAGUUCUUUAUUUGUAAACAGUUUUGUAGAUAUUACACUUACUGAAAUUUAUAAGACACUCUUGUUGGAAUAGAUGUUUCUCGCAAGAAAUUUCAUUUAUAUUAUAAAGUUGAAAAAAGAUUAAAAUCUUUCAUAUAGCUAAGUGUUUUUGUCUAUUAAAAUAUGACAAAUAAACAAUGUUUAGAGACUGAAUAGGCAUUCAAUUUACGUCAAUAUAAAUCAAAAUAGUGACAAAAGCCUUUAGAACUGUUUGUUCGCGUAAAAAAAACGGUAACAAAGCUGAUAAUUAUCAAACUCCGACAUUCUUAUAGAAAAUACAUAUUUAGAAAAUAUCGUUGGCAAUGCCUCGUCCGGGCCGGAACACAUACAAUGACCAAAAACCACCGUACAGUUAUAUCGCUCUAACAGCCAUGGCAAUCAGCGCAUCACGUGAGAAGAUGCUGCCUCUAAGUGACAUUUACAAGUUUAUAAUGGAUAAAUUCCCCUUCUACAGGCAAAACACACAACGAUGGCAGAAUUCAUUACGUCACAACCUCUCAUUUAAUGACUGUUUCAUUAAAAUUCCACGCCGGCCCGACAGACCAGGCAAAGGAAGUUAUUGGGCGCUUCAUCCCUAUGCCGGCGACAUGUUUGAAAACGGCAGUUUUCUUCGUCGGCGAAAGAGAUUCAAACUACACCAACAAAGGCAGCUACAGGCAAUGGGCUUACUUCCUCCAGAUUCUAACAUGAAGCAUGGUUUAGAGAUGACGUCAUAUUUACAUGAUGACGCUAGAGUUCGUCUGCAGCAGUUUGCCGUGAGCGCUGCAAGCUCGACUUAUUUAAACAGUCUUCAUUCUAAUGGACGCUCUGCGUAUAAGCCACCAUUUACUAUUGAAAAUAUCAUUGCGCCAGAAACGAAAGCCGGAAGUUCAUUAAAUCCGUCACUUCCUGUAACUCCAUUACCCGGAUUUGCUAGUCAGUUUGGUCCUACACAUAACAUUCCUCCAAAUUUUAUGCUACCUUACCAUGGCAUUAGAAAUGAGUCAGACUUAAUUACAAGUUUAGCAUGUACAUAUGGACAAUUCAAUGGACGCAUGACAGCUCUUGAAUAUUAUAAUACUUUAAAAUCUACUCUUCAGCAUCCGCCGACGGCGAUAUCUUUACCUUUGAAACCAACGGCUUUGUCGGCUAUAUCGUUAGCUAGAAGUCAAGACACUUUAGACAAACCGGUAACAAAACCAGCUAUAAUGCACAGUGUGGACUCGUUACUGAAACCAUCUAAAGAGCAACAUUCCCCAACCGGAAGUGCACAUGAAUUAUCACCGGAUAUUGCAAGUCACAAAUUAAAUGACAAUAUGUCGGUUUAUAGAAAUGGCGGAAUUUAGGAAAAACAAAUCAUAGUUUUUUUCUAUGAUAUGACUAUCAAUCAAAACUUAAACAAUUAAAACAAAUAUUAAGAGUUAUGUUUUAUCAAGAUGAAUAAUGAUUGUAAAUUAUAUUGACAAAGGAAAAUGAUCCAAGUGUCGUAAAACUAGUAUGUUUUAAAAGUGCAUUCUGAUCUUCUUUGACAGAGUGAGAAUGU